AGCGAUUUAACUAACUCGUCACCCAAUACCGCCCGCACGUUUAGAUAGCUAAAGCUCAGUCUCUUACGUCUCACGUCCAGCGCAACAAUGCUGUCGUCGUUAGCGCGUCCUGCGGUGCGCUGCGCACUGCGACCGCGUCGGAUACUAGGUGACCAACACUCUGUGCUGCUGCGCGGCUUCGCAUCCGUGGACAAGUGGGGCGUCAUCAACGACCGAAUCACCGCACGAGUCGUCAAUAUCGUGGAGGAUAGUGGCAUGCGCACGGAUGUCCCCAUUCGCCAGGCUAUUCAGGAAGCACGCAGCCAGGGCGUGGAUCUGGUGCAAGUGUCGCCUAUAGGUAAACUGCCGGCGGUCUGCAGACUGUUCGACUCCAAGAAACGGCUGUAUGAGCUCAAGAAGGCCAACAAGAAGGCCACCAAGCAGCAGAAGCCCAAGCAAGACAAGGAGGUCGUGGUUGGAGCCAAGAUCGCUCCGAACGACUUGAACAUGAAGGUGGAGCAACUGAAGCGGUUCUUGAACAAGGGUCACAAGGUCAAGGUGACUAUCAAGUUCGAGCAGGCGUAUCAUCUAAAGGGGCAGUGCUUGGAGCAGCUGGGACACAUUGGAAGUCUUAUUGACGCCGAGACGGGCGUGCCUAGUGGUCAGCCCAGGGAACAGUUUGGUGGAGUGUACAUGUACUACUCGCCGGCCAACUAGAACAACGCAGCGGGUUGUGCGACGUCCGUCAUUUAGAGACAGCAACGCUGGAGCUUGCAACAACUUGUAGGCAAAUGGUAGAACCGAGAGCAUCGGGAUUAGUGCUGUAUAGCCCCGUAUUAUCGCCACGUUUUUUGUCCUCAAUGUGGUCGAUCUUAUCGGUCGAUGCUGCGUUGAGUGACAUGGCGUCAGUCUUUAGAGUGCUACUACGCACGAACAAUAAUACAAGAGCAAGAUCACGUGGUUUACUGUCAAA